AUGGAUGCUCGUGGGAAGCUGGGUUUCAUGUCGAUACACAAGACUACCUCCGCACUUCGUCAAUUAGCAUAUGGGUGUAGCGUCAACUUGUUUGACGAGCAUUUGGAGAUGUCGGCUAGGACUUCCCGGGAGUCGCUAAUUAAUUUUUGUAAAGUAUUGAUUGCAUGCACUGGCCAUGGGAGUUGUGUCCAACCGCAUGGCGCGGUUCGCACACCCGAUGGGAUGUUGGGGUCCAACAAUGACAUCAACGUGUUUGAGGCGUCCCCAGUCCUUGAAAAAAUUAUAUCUGGCUUGGCACCUACAGAGGGUUUUUAUGCAAACAACAACUACUACAAAGCCAGAUACUACUUGACAGAUGACAUCUACCCUGAGUAUUCCACUUUUGUGAAGACUUUUACUGACCCGAUUGAUGACAAGAGAAAAUACUUUAAGAAAAAACAAGAAUCGACGUGA